AUGAGGGAGGCCAGCAGCAAAGAUGAUUCCUCCGAUGCCUCAGCAGCAGCAGAAGAGCCACGCAGGGAUUCUACUGCUGCAGCAACAAGAAACGCAGCAGCAGAUGGUGCAGCAGCAGCAACAGAUGCAGCAAUAGAUACAAGUGCAUCAGUAGCAGAUACAGCAGCAAAAGCAGAAGCAGAUGCAACAGUAGCAGCAGAUUCAGCAGCAACAGAGGCAGCAGCAGCAGCAGCAGCAGCAGAUCCAGCAGCAGCAGAUGCAGCAGCAGCAGAUGCAGCAGCAGCAGAUACAGAUGCAGCAUCAGAUCCAGCAGCAGCAGCAAGAGAACCUCCGAAGAUGGCUAGGCGCAGCAGCAUGCGGUUGGCUGCUUUGCCGCAGGCAGCAGCAGCAGCAACAGCAGCAGCAGCAAAGUCGUCUAACAGCACUUCUGCGAAAUCAGAAGUAUCGGGUGCGAGAACUCCAACAACUGCUGCUGCUGCUGCUGCUGAUGUUGCUGCUGCUGCUGCACUGCUGCGGUGUAUGUGCACAGAGGACCCCAUAGAAGAUCUGCUGCAGCAGCAUCGCCGCCGCUCGCUGCCGUCGCUGCCGCUGCAGCUGCCACUGCGGCUGCUGCUGCCGUAUGCAAUGCCGUACAGGCCCGCGAAAGCUGCUGCUGCUGCUGCUGAUGCUGCUGAUGCUGCUGCUGAUGCUGCUGCUGAUGCUGCUGCUGCUGCUCCCAAUGGGCCAAGGAAGCGAGUAAAGACAUCACAUCUGCCGCCAGAGGGAGAGCAGCAACAGCAAGAAGAACAACAGCAACCGCAGCAAGAAGAGCAGCAGCAACAGCAGCAGCAACCAAGUCAAGAGCUGCCACCGCAGCAGCUGAAGCAGGAAGAUAACAAGCAGCAGCACAGCGCGAAGCAGGAGCAGCAGCAGAAGAAAUUGAAGCGGCAAACGGAGGGAGAGCAGCAACAGCAACCGCAGCAAGAAGAACAACAGCAGCAGCAGCAAGAAGAGCAGCAGCAACAGCAGCAGCAACCAAGUCAAGAGCUGCCACCGCAGCAGCUGAAGCAGGAAGACAACAAGCAGCAGCACAGCGCGAAGCAGGAGCAGCAGCAGAAGAAAUUGAAGCAGCAAACGGAUGAGAAUGACGAAGACAACGACGAACAACACGAGCAGCAGCAGCAGCAACAGCAGCAGCAGCAGCAGCAACAGCAGCAGCAGCAGCAGCAGCAGCAGCCAGGCCUGAUUGUGUACACUGCUACGCUGCUGCUUGAGGAGGUGCAAGCUGCAGCAGCAGCAGCAGCAGCAGCAGCCACAACAACAGCAACGGAAACAGCGCCAGCAGCAGCAGCAGCAACAACAACAAUAGAAACAUCAGCAGCAGCAGCAGCAGCAACAACGCAUGCACCAUGCAUCUCUCAUGCUAUCCUAGAAGCAACGACACAGGAAGCGCAAGAAGCGGUGCAGCUGCUGUCUGUCUUCAAAAGCCUAAAAGCAGCAGCAGAAGCCGAAGCAGCAGCAGCAACAGCAGCAGAAGCAGCAGCAGGGAAAGGAGCUUGCCUGCAGAGACGCGAAGCCCCAUCAUCAUCUUCAGCAGCAGCUGCAGCAGCAGCAGCAUGGGCAGCACAAGCAUCUGAUCCUCCUCGACUGCGCGGUACGCGAACUCAUCGGCACAGGGGGGGGACACAACAGCAACAGCAGCAGCAACAGCAGCAGCAGCAGCAGCAGCAGCAACAGCAGCAGCAGCAGCAGCAAAAGGAGAGUUGCCACAAGAAGAUUUGCUUGGAAACAAUGCAGCAGCAGCAACAGCAGCAGCAGCAGCAGCAGCAGCACAAAGGGCAUGGGCCCUCGGGGCCCCUCCUGCUGUCCCCCUCAUCUGUGGCAGCACCUUCUACAGCGCACCCUCAAGGGACUGCAGCAGCAGCAGCAGCAGCAGCAGAAGGAGCAGCAGCAGCAGCGGCAGCAGCAGUAGUAGCAGUAGAAAAGACGGCAGCAGCAGCAAUAAAGACGGCAGCAGCAGGCGCAGCAGCAGCACUAAAGACGGAAGCAGCGGCAGCAGCAGGCGCAGCAGCAGCACUAAAGACGGCAGCAGCGGCAGCAGCAGCAAGAGAGACAGGAGCAGCAGCAACAAAGACAGCAGCAGCAGGAGCAGCAGCAGCAGCAGUAUUAGCAAAGUAA